ACAGUUCCAGACGAUUCAUAGCCCUGUCAAGGCCGUCAAACGACAGCCUUGAGUUCAAAGUUACGAAGUGGAUGAAGUUCAAGUUCGAAAAGGUACAGUAGGUUUCAAAGGUUAUCCGACGUAAAGCGCCGGUAGCAGUGACCAUUCAACGCAAACCCAAACGCGCACAACUUGUCUGUCUGUCUGGUCUUCUUACUCUCUGCUUAAGGUUGCACUUAUAAUAUUUCCUCGAAUCACUGUUAUUUCACUUUCCAGUGGAUCUGGUUAUCACAACGCGUGCUUCCCUCCAUACCGCACCUGACUCGUCCGCCUUGCUUUGCUUAAUUUUCUGCACGCUGUAGUCAAGAUGUUUUUGAUUACAAGACGUGCUAUCCGCUCUCUGCAAACACCUCUUUCGGCUUCGAGGACGUAUAGCAAACAGGUGGCCUCCCCUAAUCAGGGCUUAAUAGAUAUGUUGGAGAAACAUAAACAGGCCGAGAAUGACAGUCCAACACGAAACUCGUUCAAAGUUGCUGUGUUCACGAAAGCUAUCAGCCAAAUUAAGGCUAUGGACAAACGUAUUACGUCUAUUGGAGAUACCGCAGAUUUACGCGGGGUUGGGCCUGGAAUAAAAUCUAGAAUUGCAUCAUAUCUAAAUGGUGACUCUACUGAUCCCGAGCUAGAUACAAGAAUGUCUCUGCAUGAACACCAACGGAAGGAGGCUAUAAAAACCUUGGAAGGUAUAAGAGGUAUUGGGAAGGGGUUAUCUAAGAGGUUAUUUGCCGCAGGUUGCAGGACCGUGGAGCAAAUAAAGGAGCCUCGCUUCUUGAAAACGUUGCCCGUACCUGUUCAAGUGGACUUGAAUUUCUCGGAUCACUGGGAUAAGAAAGCUACACGGGACGCGGCGGAGAAAGUUGCUGAAUUCGUCGGGCAAAUGUUACCUGAUUGUGAGGUCAUGCUUGUCGGAAGUUACCGUCGUAUGUUUGACGCUCUCGACGAGAUUGACAUCUUGAUUGUGCAUCCUGGGAUUAGUCAAAUAGACCCACCACUCUGGCGAACGAAGAGCUUCCUUAUUACACCCAAAAUUCCUCCCGAAACAGAAGCGGUCAUUGAGGAUCUCGUUGAUCGUGGUCUUCUUGCUGGCUGUGUCGCAAAAAAUCUGCGUGGUGGGUGGCAAUGGGAAGGCUGGGUUCGUUUGCCCGAGUAUAAGGAGUCUGGCGCGAUGGAGAGCGUCAUCUCCAGGAGAGAAGGAAUCGAGAAUCUCACAGGAGAAUACCGUAUGAUGCGCUUAACCGUGGUUGGAAAGAAGUCACGCGGAGCCGCCUACCUUACCCAAACUGGGGACGUCGACUAUUAUCACUACAUCAGCGACCAUGCGCGGAAGUUGGGCAUAUUCCUCAACGAAUACGGCUUAUGGCGUUGGAUAUACACAGACCCCGAACCAAGCGAUGAUGAAUCGCCCAGACCUGUCUUUCCCGUGAAGGACGUGAGUGUUGGGCAUUGGGAGCUUGUCGAGGCGGAGGACGAGGAUACCAUCUUGAAAGAAAUUGGUAUGCCAUGGGUACCCCCCGAGAAGCGGAAUUUUGCCAAUAUCUCGGAUAAAGCAUGGAAACGGCAUCCAAAAAGGCAGGGUCGACCGCCCAAAGCCACAGGUGAUGAGCCAGAAGCGCAGACGCCAAAGCGCGGAUCCAAAAAGACAGCCGAAGCGUCCACGCUGGGCCGGCCUCUUUACUUCGGCGGUCUGUUCGAAUUCGGACGUGGGGAGUGAACGAGAAGCUAAGCUACAGCAAGAGCAAGAAGUCGCAUAGGACUAACGGCGACAUUGCGAAGUCAACCGAGGAGCUUCACAUCAUUCUUCAGCAUAGCAUAGUCCAGGAAUAUCCUAAUGAGCUUUGUGAGGCAAGUAAUAUUCCUUAAUUACUCGUAUAUGUCAGACUACCUGCUUUAUACUUAAUGGUGGCUAGUUUUCACUCUACAAAAUGAUAUUCUUGCAUCCUUGCAAUAUGGAUCCAGGGUAUCAUGCCAAUUUAUCGAAUGAGCACAGUACAUGAUGCGUGAACGACCACUCAGUACCAUAUACUUCUGGUUCGAUGCGAGGGUAGUACUUCUGCCGUGUCUAUACCCUCUACGUUCUCUUCGCCAUUCUCCAGCUUCUUUGCCAAGUCCCAC